GAAUCCCAGCAGGACAAAGUAGGUAAGAUUACAAAUGGGUGAGAUAGAGUCACACAUUUCACAUCUACCAAAGCUGGAGUCAGCAAAGUACCAGCCCACCUCAGAACCAUGUGGAAGGAAAUCCUGAUCAGUCCCCAUUCUUUCCUCUUCUCUCGGGGACAAUGUGGCUCUGCAGCUUCUGUCAGUGGUUCAGUCUUAGAUGGAUGCUAAUUUUCAUUUUUACUAUUCUUGUCGUUGUAAAUUUCCUCAUCAAAAGGGAUCCUCCUCACUUUCCACCAGGACCACCCGCUCUCCCUUUUUUUGGGAACAUCUUCAGCAUUGAAGCCAAGCAGCCUCAUAUUUACCUCACUAAGCUUGCUGAGGUUUAUGGGAAUGUGUUCUGCAUACGUCUGGGGAGACACAAAACAGUGUUCAUCUCUGGGUGGAAGAUGGUGAAAGAGGCUUUAGUGAUACAGGCCGAAAACUUUGUGGAUCGGCCUUACAGCCCGAUGGUGACCAGGAUUUACUCAGGAAACUCCAGAGGUCUUUUCUUCAGUAAUGGGAAGGUGUGGAGGAGGCAGCGGCGCUUUGCCAUGGCCACGCUGCGUACCUUUGGCAUGGCUAAGGGCUCCAUGGAGGAGAACAUAUGCCAGGAGAGUCGACACCUGCUGGAGGCGAUGGAGAAGGAGGAAGGUAAGGCCUUUGACCCGAUGCAACUCCUGAACAGCGCCGUGUCCAACAUCAUCUGCCAGAUUGUGUUUGGGAGACGAUUUGACUACAGUGACCAGGACCUCCGGAGGAUGCUGAGGGAUCUCACAGACAUGGCUUACCUGGAAGGCUCCAUAUGGGCUCUGCUUUAUGAUGCUUUCCCAGUACUAAUGAGACACUUGCCAGGACCUCACAAUGGCAUCUUCAGCAGCUCCAGGUCUUUGAAGGCGUCUAUCAGGAAAGAGAUGGAAAGACACAAGCUGGAUCUGGAUCCAAGCAACCCACGAGACUAUAUCGACAACUUCCUUAUAGAGGAAAAACACAACAGAAAGCAGGACAUGGGUUUUGUGGAAGAGAACCUGGUUCUGUGUUGUCUGGAUCUCUUCUUGGCUGGCAGCGAAACCACUUCAAAGACUCUGCAGUGGGGACUACUCUACCUUAUAAAAUAUCCUCACAUCCAGGACAAAGUCCAGGAAGAGAUAGACAGAGCGGUCGGACAGAACCGCCCGCCUACCGUGGCAGACAGAUCCAACAUGCCCUACACUGAUGCCGUCAUCCACGAGAUCCAAAGGAUGGGAAACAUUGUUCCUCUCAACGGGCUCAGGAUGGCUGCUAGAGACACAGCGCUGGGUGGUUACGUCAUACCAAAGGGGGCGACCGUGAUGCCAAACCUGACCUCUGUUCUUUUUGACAAGAACGAAUGGGAAACACCUGACAGCUUCAACCCCAAACACUUCCUGGACGAUCACGGCAGGUUCAUCAAGAAGGAAGCCUUUUUACCCUUCUCUGCUGGAAAGAGAGCGUGUCUCGGUGAGGGUCUGGCAAAGAUGGAGCUGUUCCUGUUUUUUGUCACCUUGUUCCAGAGGUUUCACUUUUCCACUCUGGAUGUCGCUGAGCUGAGAACAGAAGGUAUAACAGGGGCCACACGCACGCCGUACCCCUUUAAGAUCUUCGCAAAAUCCCGUUUUGACUUGCAGCCUUUGUGCAAUGCAGCAUAAGCUGCAGGUUGGAUAAGUGGCACUUCGUGAAAGAUGUCCAUGUAAGUUGUUACUGUGGCAGGUUGAAGAACCAUGAGUGUUUUUAACUAGGAAAUACUGAUGGAUCCAAUCCAGCAUUCUCCUUGUUCAGAGAAAUGGUUAAACAAGUAAUGAGUUAUUGUAUUUCCAACAUUUAGGAUGUUAACCACCAUCCAUCUUCACAAAUUCAUCACACUAAAUAUGUUAAUAUGCAAUGUUUUACUCAUAAGGUUGUUGUUGUUUUUUAGAGCUUUUGGACUAAAUCUGGGUAAAAAUCUGUCUGGAGUAAUUUCUGCAUUGUUCAUUGUUAGUAAACUAACAAACAGGAAUGCUUGAUUACAUGAUGGCAGCAAUAAAAAUUAUACAUCACUACAUUGUAAUGUGAAUAUUCUUCUUCCAAUGAUUUAUCUGACCAAA